UAGGAGAUUUCCUAAUUAAGAAGACCCUGGGAUCUAGCCCUCAAAGCGCUACCGGUCAUUAGCGUCGCUGUCAGAGUUCCCGACACGCCUUGGCAAGACAGGUUGGCGUUCAGGCCCAGUGACCUCACCGCCCCGCCUCCACAGCCGCCGACACAGAACCGACCCGUGAGUCAGUGACGUCACCGUCAGCCCGCCAACAACCCCCGCCGCCAACGUCGCCCAGGGAGACAUGAGCAGCAACUACAGCGUCACACUCCUAGGCCCCGCCCCCUGGGGCUUCAGGCUGCAGGGAGGGAAGGACUUCAACCUGCCACUCGCCAUCUCCAGGCUCAACGACGGAGGCAAGGCAUCCAAGGGAGGCAUGGCGGUGGGAGACCUGGUCCUGUCCAUCGACGGCAUCUCCACCGACGGCAUGAACCACCUGGAGGCCCAGAACAAGAUCAAGAACUGCUCCGGCAACCUCCAGCUGAACCUGCAGAAAGCUUCUAUUGUCCCGAAGCAGCCUCCACCGGUGGCUCAGAAGGGCUACAGCUCAGACAUCAUUAAACCAGUCGCCAUCAACCGCAACCCUCUUCCUCCUCCUCCUCCUCCCCGUCCUCAUCCUCAUCCCCAGCCCUCCGACCCCCUCACCGCCCCGCACCCCAACAACCACGCCCGACCCUCCUGCGAGCCCCCGUCCUCACGUUAUCCCUUCUCUGCCUCCAUCCCCUCCCCGUCCUCUGCCUUCACUCCCGCCUUCGUCCCGCGUCACACUCCCACCCUUCCUCCUCCUCCUCCUCCUCCUCCUCCUCCUCCUCCUCCUCCCCCUGCUCCUCAUGGCUCCCCCUGCUCCUCUUCCUCCCCGCCUGGCCUUGUGGUGCCCCAGCCGUCCGUCUAUAACACGCCCAUCCACCUCUACUCGGACCACAAUGCCUGUGAGGUGGCCAUGGGGCAGAGGCGGGGCCUGUUGGAGAGUCAGGGUGGAGCUCUGCCACCGGAGCUGAACGGGGCUCCCAGGAAGCACGUGGUGGAGACGGACAUCCACUUCUACCACGUGCCCACCCACGGAGAUGCCAGCAGGAAACGCAUCAUGGAGGACACAGAGGACUGGCGCCCCCGCGGCGGGACCACCCAGUCCAGAUCCUUCAGGAUCCUGGCGCAGAUCACAGGCACCGAACGAGAAGCUGAAGAACAGGAGGCCGAGGACGCCAAGAAGUCAAAUGAGGAAGGAGGGGAACCAGACUGCAACAGCCACGACUCAGCCUCCAUCAAGACCAUGGUCAAAGGACCUCCCACCACCCAGAUCCGCCCCCUACAGAAGACUCUGAUCACUCCUUCCUUCGGCGUGAGGGGCAACGGGACUCCCAGUGUGCCAAAGGGUCCCGUCCCGGCCAGACCGGCACCCCAGGCUCACCCAAAGGACGAGGACUCCCUGGUCCAGAUGGCAGAGCACAUCCCUGCCGGGACACGCACGCCUAUGUGUGCCCACUGUAGCAUGGUGAUCCGAGGGCCUUUCUUGGUGGCGAUGGGCAAGUCUUGGCACAAGGAGGAGUUUAACUGCGCCCACUGCCGUAUGUCUCUGGCAGACGUCGGCUUUGUGGAGGAACAGGGCUCCGUCUACUGUGAGCACUGCUACGAAGAGUUCUUCGCCCCGUCCUGCAGCCGCUGCCAGGGCAAAGUGCUAGGAGAAGUGAUCAAUGCCCUGAAGCAGACAUGGCAUGUCCACUGCUUCCAGUGUGCUUCAUGUCAGCAGCCAAUCAGAAACAACACCUUUCACCUGGAGGAUGGAGAACCCUACUGUGAACGAGAUUUCUAUACUUUGUUUGGAACUGGUUGCCACGGCUGCGAGUUCCCUAUCGAGGCAGGGGACAAGUUCCUGGAUGCCCUGGGAUAUACCUGGCAUGAUACCUGCUUCGUCUGCGCUGUGUGCUGUACCACCUUAGAAGGACAAACGUUCUUCUCCAAGAAAGACAAGCCUCUCUGCAAGAAACAUGCUCACACACUGAAGAUAUGAACAGUCAACAGCAUGAUCCAUUCAACACACACAAACUGUUAAACAUGAACACACCAGGUCAAUUUAGCCCACCCGAAGACCACCAUAGCUGUUUUAGGUACCGUCUUUUGAGGGCCACCCAAAUCAGGCGUGUGACCUACGUCUUAUUAAAAUGUAUCUGCAGGCUUUUAUUUAUCUGCAGUCAAACUGAGACUGCAACAAUCACACUAGUAGUAAGAUGGGAUGCUGUACCAGAUAGAUUCAAUAGGAAUUUUGAAGUUAUAUGAAAGCCAGAGAAUGUGGUCAAAUUUUGAGUCCUAUCCUUCAGAAUUUAAUGUUCAGUGGCUUAUGGAGAAGAACGGAAAGGCGAAAGAGUGACAUUGAUGGAGUUGGAAGGGAAAAUCCUGUACUCUGCAGGAGGUUAAUGGCAAAAUAGAGAUGGAGACUUUACCCUUCGUGCAGUUAACUGUUUAUGUUUUAUAUGUUGUUAUACGAUAUUUCCUUACAAGUAUCAACAACAAGUAUUGUCUCUGAUUCUUUUCCUAAAAUAUAUGAUUUUUAACUGCUGGAUUUUACGCCUUUUCGUUAGGAUUUACGCCUUUCGUGUGGGUUUUCUUCUUUGUAUAUCGAUGAUAAAUUACUCAUGUUGCCAGACAAUUUGUUAAAAUACAACAGGAUGUAUUUUUCAUUUCUUAGAUUUUCUGCACUCUUUUAUUUUUCCAUUACUUUCAUAGGGAUAUUGUGCCAAGAGAAAGCACUUGUUUUAUUUAAAGAGAAAAAAAGAUAACAGAAACUACUUCUACAUAUCCAGCACCACAAAGCUCAUGCACUGUUUUCUUGAAAUAAAGAACUCUACUUUUA